CAGGUGAAAGAAGAGCAGCAAGAACCAGAACAUCCCUGGAAAAAAGAGGAAACCAUGGAGCUCCCCAUAGGUGAGCAUGAAGAGCAGCUUGUUCUGAAGUAGGAGAUUGAACAGAAACCUUUCCCAUGUUUGACAUGUGGAGAAACAUUUCUGAAAAAAGAACAUUUAAUGGAUCACACGGGAAUUCACACAGACCACCUUCAGGAUUAUGUUGGAAAAGAGGAGGAUGUCUCUGACCAGCAGCUCUGUGAACAGGAGAGGAAUUCCAGUUUGAAGCAAGAGGAACCAGAAGCUUUGCAGAUAAAAGAAGAGCAGAAAGAACCAGAACAUUCCUGGACAAAAGAGAAAGCCAUGAAACUCCCCAUAAGUGAGCAUAAGGAGCAGCUUGUUCUGAAGCAGGAGGCUGAAGAUAUAGGGGAGAAACCUUUCCCAUGCUUAACAUUGGGAGAAAACUUUAUGAAAAAAGAACAUUUAAUAGAUCAUAUCAGAAUUCACACAGGUGAGAAGUCUUUUCAAUGUCUGUCCUGUGGAAAAAGCUUCACCUCUAAUUCUGAGCUUGAUAAACACUUCAGAAUUCACACAAGUGAGAAACCUUUUUCUUGUAUGAUUUGUGGCAAAAGUUUUACUUUUAAAAGUCAUUUGACUAAACACAUGAGAAUUCACACAGGUAAGAAGCCUUUCUCCUGUACCAUUUGUAAAAAGAAUUUCACUGAAAAGGCUAGUUUGACUUCUCACAUGAGAAUUCACACAGGUGAGAAACCUUUUUCCUGUCCCAUUUGUAAAAAGAAUUUCACUCAAAAGAGUAGUUUGACUUCUCACAUGAGAAUUCACACAGGAGAGAAACCUUUUUCCUGUCUCCUUUGUAAAAAGAAUUUCACUCAAAAGGGUAGUUUGACUUCUCACAUGAGAAUUCACACAGGUGAGAAACCUUUCUCCUGUACCAUUUGUAAAACGAAUUUCACUAGAAAGGGUCAUUUGACUUCUCACAUGAGAAUUCACACAGGAGAGAAACCUUUCUCCUGUACCAUUUGUAAAAAGAAUUUCACUCAAAAGGGUAGUUUGACUUCUCACAUGAGAAUUCACAUAGGAGAGAAAACUUUCUCCUGUACCAUUUGUAAAAAGAAUUUAACUAAAAAGGGUAGUUUGACUUCCCACAUGAGAAUUCACACAGGUGAGAAACCUUUCUCCUGUACCAUUUGGAAAAAAGUAUUUUACUGAAAAGGGUAGUUUGACUUCUCACAUGAGAAUUCACAGUGGUGAGAAACCUUUUUCCUGUCCCAUUUGUAAAAAGAAUUUCACUCAAAAGGGUAGUUUGACUUCUCACAUGAGAAAUCACACAGGUGAGAAACCUUUCUCCUGUACCAUU